CUGUAUUUAUUAUCCGCCGCUACAGUAGGUUGUGUUUGCAAAAUGACUUUGAGAAACUUGAGCAUUCCUUCUGCAUUUCCAUAACUCAUUGUGAAUAUUUCUGCUUGGCUGGCUGCAGCUUGUUGUGUGUACAUAAUGAGAAAGUAGAAAGACGGCCCAGCUCCUUUACUUUGAUGUUGGCUAGUUAGCAUUCUAAAGACUAGAGAAAAAUACAUAAAUCUUGGCCUCAAAUGCAUCUCCAUGUUUGAAAAUCUCUGAGGCCUUCAUUAGCAUUAGCAUGUGGGAUGUUAUAGCCUUGUGCAAAGCUCCGCUGUAUGCAGUGAAGCUCAGUCUGUGCCUUUCAAGGGAUUUGCCUGGAAACAAUGGUACAAGGGUUCCCCGAGGCGUAAGCACCUAAAGCAAGGCUGCAAUCCGAAUGUUAGCUUAGCCUGAUUUAUCUUUGCAGGUUGUUUGCUAACUGUUCCGCUGUUUUGUUCAUGCAGGCGGGCUUCGACCCACAUCCUCACAUGAGAGCCUCUGGGCUGCCAGCCAGCCUCACUUCCAUUUCUGGAGGAAAACCAGCCUAUUCUUUUCACGUAAGUGCAGAUGGUCAGAUGCAGCCCGUGCCCUUCCCUCCAGAUGCACUGAUAGGGCCAGGCAUCCCACGGCACGCUCGCCAGAUCAACACACUCAGCCACGGGGAAGUGGUGUGCGCCGUCACCAUCAGCAAUCCCACACGUCACGUCUAUACCGGUGGCAAGGGUUGUGUCAAGAUCUGGGACAUCAGCCAGCCAGGCAGCAAGAGCCCAGUGUCCCAACUCGACUGCCUGGUAACUUUGUUAUUUCGUUAGAAGUCUCGGGAGGAGAAAGUGUGAAAUGUGAUUUAGAUGCGUGCCAUUAGACUAGCUGUUGUAAGGCUUCCAACCAGAGCACAGACAUAAUGCAUUCAUGUUUCAUGAAGUCUGUGUGAUUGGUCACUUC